UGGCGCUUUGACAAGUUUCACUGUGGUGAGACAUCAUCGCUUCUUCCUGCUGCGUCAACUUUUGUUUGUUGAUUCAAUCCUGGAUUUCCACCAUCAUCCUUUUUCCCAAAUUUAGCCUUUUUUUUAAAUCCACUUAUUUGUAUUAAUUGCAUUAGUUUGAUCGCUGAAAUCUUCCUGACUACCGGGUGCCGAGAAGCGCCUCCUCCUCUAACUCCAUUCCUCAACAACCAUAUGAUCGCUCAACAUGACACAUUUAAAUGGAUCUAUAGGUUGAAACCAACUCUAACUCCGUUUGACUGCAUCAGUUUGAGACUAAGAUGUUGUCCUGAGUAAAGUUUGUGUGACAUCGAAGGCUUCCUGAGCAUCAACUCUCCAAACACUGCAAUGGCAACCAGCAUAAUUGUGGAGCACCAAAUUUCUCAUAAGUUCACGGUGACUGUCGUUCGUGCAGAAAAUGUUACAAAAGGAGCUCUGGGGGACUUGUUGGAUACCCCAGAUCCAUAUGUGGAGCUGUUCAUCCCGACGGCCCCAGAGAGCAGGAAGAGGACUAAGCACAUAGACAACGACAUCAACCCAAAAUGGAACGAGACUUUUCAUUUCAUUUUAGACCCCAGCCAGCAAAAUGUCCUGGAGCUGACAUUAAUGGAUGCCAACUAUGUGAUGGAUGAGACACUUGGAACCGCAUCCUUUGACAUCAGCAAGCUCAAAGUGGGCCAGACAAAACUGGAAAUUUUCAAAUUUGGAAAAGCAACCAAAGUUCACUUGGAGUUGAAGGUGGAAAUCUGCACAAACCUUGACCUGAGAUUCAGCUUGGCCCUGUGUGACAAAGAGAAGCAGUUUAGACACACCCGUAGAGAAAGAGUGAUGCUCGGCAUUAAAAAGCUUCUCGACAUGGAGAAGCCUCGCUUCCUCCCCAGCUCUCCUGUAGAGGUACCAGUGAUAGCCAUAGCCGGUUCAGGCGGGGGUUUCCGUGCAAUGGUUGGGUUUUCUGGAGUGAUGAAGGCCCUGUUUGAGUCUGGGGUCUUGGACUGUGCCACAUAUAUUGCAGGGCUCUCUGGAUCCACAUGGUACAUGUCUGCACUCUACUCCCACCCUGACUUUCCAAACAAGGGUCCAAAAGACAUCAACAAUGAGCUGAUGCAGAGAGUCAGCAGUAACCCACUUCGGCUGCUGCUGCCCAAACACAUCACCAACUACAUCCAGGCCCUGUGGUCCAAAAAGGCGUUGGGGCAGCCAGUCACAUUUACUGAUAUUUUCGGAAUGCUCAUAGGAGAGACGCUUAUACCUGCGAGGAUGGAUAUCAAGCUAAGUGAAAUUCAAGAGAAAAUAAACCAGGCCCAGAGCCCUCUACCUCUCUUCACAUGUUUACACGUCAAACCAGAUGUUUCCGAGCUCAUGUUUGCAGAUUGGGUGGAGUUCAGCCCAUAUGAAAUCGGAAUGGCAAAGUACGGUACCUUCAUGACACCCGAUCUGUUCGGAAGCAAGUUCUUCAUGGGAUCGGUCGUAAGGAAGUAUGAAGAGAACCCUCUUCAUUUUCUGAUGGGUGUGUGGGGAAGUGCCUUCUCUAUUUUGUUCAACCGGGUGCUGGGAGUCAAAGACACAUUUGGCGGCAGCACCAUGGAGGAGGAGCUGGAGCAAAUCAAACCCCAGCAUAUUGUUGGAGAAGACAGCCUUGAUAAUGAUGAGGAAUACAGAAAAGGUGGGACAGAGAACCAGGAAGCGGAGGAGGAGUUUAGCCGCACUGCUCAGGCCAGCUGGGUUCAGCGAAUGUUCACUUCACUUUUUAGUGACUCUUCGCUGUUCAACACAAGAGAGGGCCGUGCUGGAAAGGUGCAUAACUUCAUGCUGGGUCUGAACUUGAACACCACUAUCCCCUUCUCUCCUGUACCUGAAAUUCAAUUUCCUGAAUCAACACCUGAAGAGGAAGUGGAUGCUGUAACAGAUCCAGAUGAGUUUGAUCGUAUUUACGAGCCUCUGGAUGUGAAGAGUAAGAAGAUCCAUGUGGUAGACAGCGGACUGACUUACAACCUUCCCUAUCCUCUCAUCCUGCGGCAGCAGCGCGGCGUUGACCUCAUCAUCUCAUUUGAUUUUUCUGCUCGACCGAGCGACUCCAGCCCUCCAUUUAAGGAGCUGCUGUUAGCUGAAAAGUGGGCCAGAAUGAACAAGCUUCCGUUUCCUAAGAUUGACCCUAAAGUGUUUGAUCGUGAGGGUCUGAAGGAAUGCUACGUCUUUAAACCCAGGAAGGGGGAGAAGAACUGCCCAACCGUGAUCCAUUUUGUCCUGGUCAACAUUAACUUCAGGCAAUUCAAAGCACCUGGUGUUCCCAGAGAGACUGAGAAGGAGAAGGAGUUUGCAGAUUUUGACAUCUUUGAUGACCCAGAGUCACCAUUUUCCACUUUCAACUUCCAGUACUCCAAUGAGGCUUUCACCCGACUUCAUGACCUCAUGGAGUUCAACACUUUAAACAACCUGGAGGUUAUUAAGGAGGCCAUCAAGGACUGCAUUGUGGCGCGGAAAGAGUCUCCCUCUGACCUCUCGAUUCCCUUUUCCCUCAGCGAGAUCCCUAAAAGGAAGUUUUCCAAGAAGGGUCCUGAUUCAAAACCCCAGAAUCACCUUGGAGAGGAGCAAAAAUAGUUCAGAUUAACAAUUUGGAUGAACAGACUUCUUGAAGUUUUGAUGAGUUAACCUUAAAGUUGUGUACUUAACUUUAUGAGAAUACUCCUAUCCUGAUCUUCAGAAAGAUUUGAUGAAGACUGUUUUUUUUUUUUUUUUAAACCCUACUGGUGACAGUCUUCUGAUUGCACGGGCUUCUCGUCUGGUUUUAUGUUCACAUGGGAUUUCUGGAAAGAAAAAAAAAUGUUUUGAUAAUUACUUAACACCCCACUGCAGCUUUAUUGACUUCAGACAACACAAUGUUGUUAGGGAGAUAUUUUCCUUUGCUGCUCUUAGUUAUUCCUUCAUCUUUAUUGCAUUUCAUAUCCCUGCCAAAGUUCUUACAUUCCUUAUCCUUUGGGAUGCUCCUAUUUUGGCUUUUAAAUUCUCCGGACGAAAAUCCAUUAAGCAGCCUCAUUGUGGUUAACCUUUUUUUUAUUUUUUAUAGCUAAACUGAAUGCGUGGCUUCAGAGCGAAUAUUUUUGCUUUUACAUAUUUUUUUUCCAUGUGAUCCCUUGUCUUAACUUGUAAUCCUGUUUAAAACCAUGGAUGGGAAGCUCAUAACUUUUGCUUCUGUUUGAUUGCAACUCCUAAACACGCAACCUGCACCCCCUCUGGAUAUUUUAAACAUCUAAAGGAUGUUUACCCACCUACGGAACAGGAGCACUCCCUACUGCCCGGAAGGGAGUGUCAAAUUAAAUCCACCAUUUUGGAAACAACAAAAUGCGUUGCUAUAGUAACAGCUCUUUGCUUCUUUCCUUUUGACAUGUUUUGGUCCCAGCGUCAGGGUAAAGAUAUGUUUAUACACCUGACCAGUUUGGUUUAUGAUACAGACACAGGGGGAUUGCGAUGCCUUACUUUUUAAACCUUGGAGCCAAGGCUGGGUGGAUCAUAAUAUGAUCACAUCUUUUUAGAACGAUGGCCUUCUCUCUUAACAUCACCCGGUGGAAUUUUACACACUACGCCUACACCUGCAGCAGUAGAGGCAUGGAAUCCAACACACUACACCUAAUGCCUGCAGGGGGCUAAUAGGCUGCACACACAGAGGGGAGAGGUUUUUCACUUCCAAGCUCUUCGCACUCACGUGUCAGCCUCGGCCGUCUGAAAGCAAACUGUGACGAUGCAUAAAGAGGAUCACGCAUCCCUGAUCAUGAUUGAGGAAUGUAUGAUCCUUGCUAAUCAUUGUCUUUCCUUUAUUUAUGUUUUUUUUGUUCUGUUUUAACUGUGUGUGAUUUUAUUAAAGAAAAUAUGGCCGUUUUGGAAUAUUUCAUUCACUCACUCUCUUAUAGAAAUUCUUAAGACCUUCCCUUGGUCUGGUUAGGAUAGUUAUCAUUGAUGGUCUGAAUCAGGCAUGUCCACAGUUGGUCCUUGAGGAUCUCUGUCCUGGAAGUUUUAGAGGUUUCUCUGCUUCGGCACAGAUGAUUCUGAUUAUUGCACAUCAGCAAAAGUCUGUUAAUCAGCUAUAAAUGGAAAUCGGCUGUGCUGAAGCAGGAAAACCCUGAAAACUUUGAUGUAUAUUUUGCAUUUCAUGUGACAGGCCAACAUAGAGGUUUUCUGUUUCUUUACAAAAAAAAAAACUAUGUACGGUAUGUAUAUUCAUCCUACUUGAUUUAAUACUUAAUAAUAAAAGAAACACUGCAAAAGGGCUUACUUUUAACAAAUUUCUUCCCCCAUGCCUCAGCUUGUUGGAGUCUAUAGCUGAUAGUUUUCCACUUAGAUUUCCACAUUUACUGUUGCCUUCUUAGUUUGCUCUGUAAGAUCUGCAAAGAUAUAUUUUUUUAUAAACUUACCGGUAGCCAAAAGUUUAAUCUUGAACUUGACCACUAUAGUCAUCGGUUUUCAUGAUGCUGUUCAUUUACUGGUGUUCUCUGAACCUCAGCAGGUUUUAGAGACAGCUGCAUUUAAAUUGAGAUUACAUCACACUCAUUAUCACUUCUAAUUGGAUAACCUCUUCAACCAAUCAGAUAAACAGGAUGUUAUUUGGGGGUUUUGGAAUUACAUCUCUGAAUACAUCUUAUGCAUAAAUAUAGAUUCUUACGGAGUCCCUAAAGGGACAUGGAGGGGAAAAAAAUAACUUUUGCGAGAUCCCGCAAUA